UUAUUCUCUUUCAAUUUCUUUCUUGAAAAAAUUCUCCUUCACUAUUUGAACAGUCGAACCCUAGAGGCCACACACCUCUUCUCCUAUCUUCUCCUAACUUCCCAGUCGAACAGUCCAACCCAAAGACAUUAGUAACCAUUUCGGUACUUUUACUGACCAUCUUUGGUUACGAAAAAUCAACUUCUACUAUAGCGAGCCCUUAACCUCAAAAAGAGUUUGCAAUUUGCAUCCCAAACUAAGACCCAUGCACUGAGACAAACGCGUAUCCAAUCAUACAGAUAACACUACAAAGGAAGUUAACUACUACUGGCCGUUAGCCGUGGAGGACAAUUACCAUAGGAAAUUGCUAAACAUCGUCCUGAAAAUUACUAUUUAACAUCCUAACAAGUAUUAAAAUUGCUCUUUUACAAUUCUCUCUUCCAUUCUAUAUUUUGCACCCAACAAACACAACAUCAUAAAAAACAAAAAUCAUUUCGCCUAAAUUUUCAAAUAUCAUAACCUUCCAUCACAAAUAAAAUUUAAUUAAAUAAAAUAUUUAUACUUUAAAUAAAUGAAUUAUGAAUUUUACUUUUGGCCAAAUAGAAACCAAAUUUUCGUUAGCACCAGGGCCAAGCCGAACGGUUGACUUCGGUUGACCGUGGGCCUUAUAGAAAUUCAGUUUUCUUUAAGGCCUACGGUCAAUCGAAGUCGAACGUUCGGUUUGGCCUAGGUAAUAACGAAAGCUUCCGGCGGUUUAUCUUCUUACGCGUUCCUCCGAUAGAGGUCAGGGGCAAAAAAGCGGCGGGGAUGGAGCUGGGUUCGCGGUAGAGAUGCGGCGGGCUGAGAUUUCUUCUUCGUUAGGCCAGAGCGGCGGCGAGGUCGAGCGGGUUGGGAGGAGCAAAGUCGGACGGGCGAUGAGGUCUCCGGUGACCUUCUUCUUCUUUGCAAUACCCCCACGAUAUCUCCUUUUUCCCCAGAUGUAAAGGCGACCAGAUCUCACCUUCUCCGUCGAAUUGAAGAGGGACGCCUUCUCCGACCGCAAUGGUGUGUUGAAAAUUAAAGUUUAAUUAUUAAUAAAAUAAAAAUAACAAAUCUUGAAAGCCUAGAAGAUACUAACGUGGUAGUUUGCUAGAGGAAUCUAGAAAUGGUUGGGUUUGCAAUUAAUAAGUUAGUUGUGAUUAAAUAAAAAUCAGAAAAAAGAAGGCCACAUGUGUAUGGCGGUUGAUGCAGAUAUUUUGGAGAUAUUGUACACUUUGAAGCCUAUAAAUAGGCUUGUCCAUGUUAGUUUGUGAAGUAGAGCAAGAAAAAAUAAAAGAAAGAAGUCAAUAAAGAAAGUGCUCCCUUUCUCAAACUCUCUCUGCCACCUAGCCUUCCAUCAAAAUUCCUCCACCAUUUCCAAAUUAAAAAAGCCCACCAAAAAAUAACUUCCAUUCCCAAACGUGCCCACCAUAUAAUACAAAGGAAAUAAUUUUAUUAUUUCCAACAAAGUGGUAUCAGAGCCCGAGUUAUUUUCGAGUAUGCUCUGUGGUUGCGGCGUAGUCUGAACUUCCACAUCAGAAAAGAAUUUCUCGUGCUAUUGUUAUCACGAUUGUCCCAUGGCCGAAAAAUUCACUUUCCCCAUUCAAUUCCCCCACCUUACCAAAACCAAUUAUAAAAAUUGGUGCAUUCGUAUGAAAGCCUUGCUUGGAUCCCAAGAUGCUUGGGAUAUUGUCGAAAAAGGCUAUGAGAUUCCUGUGGAGGAUUCUCGGUUAUCUCCUGCUGAAAAGGAGGUGUUGAGAAAGAAUCGAAAGAGUGAUCAGAAAGCACUCACUCUCAUUCAUCAGUGUCUUGAUGAAUCGAUGUUCGAUCAAAUAGCAGAUGCUACCACAGCAAAGGAAGCAUGGGAGAUUUUGCAAAAAGAAAUGCAAGGCGUGGAACCAGUGAAGAAGGUUCGACUUCAGACACUAAGGGGAGAUUUUGAAGCCAUUAAAAUGAAGGAAGGUGAAUCUGUUUCAGAUUACACCGCCCGUGUGAAGUCAGUAGUCAGCAAACUGAAGCAGUAUGAGGAGAAAAUUGAAGAGACCAAAGUGGUGGAGAAAAUUCUACGGUCAUUAUUACCAAAGUUUGACUAUGUGGUGGUGGCCAUGGAAGAAGCUAAGGACGUGUCAAAAAUGACGGUUGUUGAAGUCAUCGGUUCAUUACAAGCCAGAGAAGAAAGAUUAAAUAAAAGAAAUGAAGAAUCGUCAGAACAAGUGUUAGCUACAAAAGCUACCACGGAGGAGAAAGAAGGCGCACGAGGAGGAGGUUACAGCAGAGGUCGAGGCAGAGGCAACUAUAGAGGCAGAGGAAGAGGCAGAGCCCGAGGAGCAUAUCAAAAUAGGGAUGGAGGAAAUUUCACCACGAACAAUUAUGAAACGUCCACCAGAGGCAGAGGUCGUGGUCGUGGACGUGGAAGAGGAAGUUGGAGAUCAAAUGAAGGUCGUGAUAAAUCCAACGUCCAAUGCUAUAAUUGCUCGAAGUACGGGCAUUAUGCAUCGGAAUGUUGGAGUCCGCCUAAAGAAGUGGAGGAGACAGCAAACAACGUGCAAGAAGAAGAAGUCAAAGGCACAUUGAUGCUGUCACAUCAAGGAGAUGAGAAACCGAAGGACAACAUGUGGUAUCUGGAUAAUGCAGCAAGCAACCACAUGUGCGGUAAAAGAAACAUGUUCGUGGAUAUGGAUGAGUCGGUGAAAGGAAAUGUCGUAUUUGGAGAUUCCUCGAAGGUUCCUAUCAAAGGCAGAGGAACUAUACUCAUCCGGCUGAAGAAUGGCUCACAACAAUUUAUCAGUGAUGUGUACUAUGUCCCAGACAUGACUAGUAACAUCCUGAGUUUGGGUCAAUUGAUGGAGAAGAAUUAUGAAGUUCACAUGGUGAAUCGUCAAUUGGAGCUGCUAAAUGAGAAGAGGCAGUUGUUGGCCAAAGUCCCAAUGUCGAAAAACAGAAUGUUCACACUGAACAUUCAGACAGAAAUGGCGAAGUGUUUGAAAGCGUGUGUGAAGGACAAUACAUGGCUAUGGCAUAUGAGGUAUGGCCAUCUAAAUUUUGGAGGUCUAAAAUUGCUCGGUCAGAAGAAGAUGGUGCAUGGUCUGCCAGUGAUCAAUCAUCCAGACCAAUUGUGUGAAGGAUGCUUAGUUGGGAAGCAAUUCAGGGCAAGUUUCCCGAAGGAGUCCCUGUCACGAGCUAAAGCACCACUUGAGCUCAUCCAUGCAGAUCUCUGUGGUCCGAUCACUCCAACAUCAUUUGGCAAGAACAAAUACUUCCUAUUGUUCAUUGAUGACUACAGUAGAAAGACAUGGGUGUACUUCUUAAAGCAAAAGUCAGACACAUUUGAAGCUUUCAAGAAGUUCAAGAUGCUCGUAGAGAAUGAAAGUGGCCUCUACAUCAAAGCAAUGAGAUCAGAUAGAGGUGGAGAAUUUAUGCUCAAGAAGUUCAGAAGGUUCUGUGAAUAUCAAGGAAUUCGCAGGUUUCUCACAGUCCCAAGAUCCCCACAACAGAAUGGAGUCGUUGAGAGGAAGAACAGAUCUGUCCUCAACAUGGCGAGAAGCAUGAUGAAGAGCAAGAACCUCCCAAAGGAGCUAUGGGCUGAAGCUGUUGAUUGUGCAGUCUACCUGCUGAACAGGUCACCAACAAAGAGUGUUUGGAAUCAAACACCCCAAGAAGCAUGGAGCGGAAGGAAACCCACAAUCUCUCAUCUCCGAGUUUUCGGAAGUGUAGGAUAUGUGCACGUACCAGAUCAAGAAAUGAAGAAGUUGGAUGACAAAAGCAAGAAGUACAUAUUCCUGGGAUACUCAGAACACUCAAAAGGUUACAAAAUGUUUGAUCCCGUGGAAGAGAAGCUGAUCGUCAGCAGAGACGUGGUAGUUGAUGAAGAAGCAACAUGGGAUUGGACUGCUGAAGCAAAGAAAAAUUACACUUUUUAUCCAUUCACUAUGGAUGAAAGUGAUGAUGAACAUGAUACAGCUACACCUGUGACAAGUCCACCCAGUCAUAGAGAGCCUGCCAGUCCAGAAGGAGAAUCUAGUGAAAGUCCCCGAGAAAGGCCACAGAAGUAUAGGAGACUUGAAGAAAUUUAUGAAGAAACGACAACCAUUGAAGGUGAUGAAUUGACACUCUACUGUCAUUUCAUUGAUAGUGAACCAAUUGAUGUUGAAGAAGCCAUGAAGGAUGAAAAAUGGAAGAAAGCUAUGGAUGAAGAAAUUGGAGCAAUUGAGAAGAACAAGACUUGGGAGCUUGUGUCACUUCCUAAGAACCAGAAGCCAAUCGGUGUGAAGUGGGUAUUCAAGGCCAAGAAAAAUGCUAAAGGAGAAUUCGUCGGACACAAAGCAAGAUUGGUGGCUAAAGGAUAUAGUCAGAGACCAGGCAUUGACUAUAAUGAAGUUUUUGCUCCUGUAGCGAGAAUGGAGAGUAUCAGGAUGGUGAUAUCUCUCGCUGCUCAAAAUGGAUGGAAGAUACACCAGAUGGAUGUGAAGUCAGCUUUUCUCAAUGGAUAUCUCGAGGAAGAUAUCUAUAUUGAGCAACCACCUGGAUAUAUCGUCGAAGGUCAAGAAGAUAAAGUGUUGAAGUUGAAGAAAGCACUAUAUGGUCUGAAACAAGCACCGAGAGCUUGGAAUAGCAGGAUUGACAAGUAUUUUCAGCAGAAUGGAUUCAGCAAAUGCCCACAUGAGCAUGCACUAUACUGCAAAGUGCAAGGGGGAGCAAUAUUGAUGGUUUGCCUAUAUGUAGAUGAUCUCGUCUUUACAGGCAACGAUCCUCAAAUGUUUGAAGAGUUCAAGAAGACGAUGGUUCGUGAGUUCGAGAUGACAGACAUCGGAUUAAUGUCAUAUUAUCUUGGAAUUGAAGUAAAUCAAAAAGAGGAAGGAAUUUUCAUCUCACAGGGUGGUUUUGCCAAAGAGGUCCUGAAGAAGUUUAAGAUGGAGAAUUGUAAUCCUGUGAGCACACCAGCAGAGUGUGGACUGAAAUUAUCCAAGGAUGACAAAGGAGAGAAGGUAAACUCAACGGAGUUUAGAAGCCUGGUGGGAAGUCUGAGAUACCUGACUUGUACCAGACCAGAUAUUCUCUACGCAGUUGGAUUAGUCAGCAGAUACAUGAAAGCGCCAACUAUGUCACACUGGAAUGCUGCAAAGAGGAUACUGCGCUACAUUAAAGGUACAAUCGAUCAUGGUCUGCUUUAUACUAAGUCAGAAAAUUUCAAAUUGGUUGGAUACUGCGAUAGUGAUUGGGAAGGAGAUGUGGAUGAUCGCAAGAGCACUACAGGAUUUGUAUUUUUCAUGGGAGAUACAGCUUUCACAUGGAGUUCAAAGAAGCAAGCUAUCGUGACACUGUCAACUUGUGAAGCUGAGUAUGUUGCUGCGACAUCGUGUGCGUGUCAUGCGAUAUGGCUGAGAAAGUUGCUGAAGGAGUUGAACAUGACACAUGAAGAGUCAACUGAAAUUUUUGUUGAUAACAAGUCUGCACUGGCGCUAGCAAAGAACCCGGUAUUUCAUGAUCGCAGUAAGCAUAUUGAUACAAGAUAUCAUUUCUUGAGAGAAUGCGUGGAGCAGAAAGAGGUGACGCUGAAGUAUGUGAAGACUGAAGACCAGAUUGCUGAUAUUUUCACGAAGCCACUGAAGCAAGACGUGUUCGUCAAGAUGAGGACGCUACUCGGAGUAAUAACGAAUUAAACUUUAAGGGGGAGUGUUGAAAAUUAAAGUUUAAUUAUUAAUAAAAUAAAAAUAACAAAUCUUGAAAGCCUAGAAGAUACUAACGUGGUAGUUUGCUAGAGGAAUCUAGAAAUGGUUAGGUUUGCAAUUAAUAAGUUAGUUGUGA